CAUCAGCGACACCCUUGUGCGCACGAUUCAGCAACGUGUCAAGUUCAUCGAGGCCCAAGUGGGUGCUGGACUCGACCAGCACGCGCUCCUGACCGACCAGUGUACUGCACUAGCCGUUGCCAUUAGGGGCACCGUCGGGUUGACUGUCGACGCCGCGACGGAGGUGCAGACUGAGAUCAACGCAGGCCCCUGGACCCCCACUCAGAAAGUACAGCUGGCCAAUGCCUUGUCGGAAGCCGUAGCGUCGCUGUCGGCCAUUGCUCCUUCUGGUGGCAGGGCGCAGCAGCACGCGAUCAGCAUCCAUAUGUUCUUCGCGGCGAAGGAUUGGAAAGUCUUCGAUGACACGAGAGUGACCAUAGAGGUCAAACUGGAGAUCUGUGCGAAGCGCCUUCAUCGUCUCGGCGUCAGCUGCCCUGGGGAGAAGCUGCAGGCGCGCUGCAUCGCCAUGCUAUUGUUGUCGGGGGUGCCAGAAGACUCUCCGACGUACACUCCACAAGGCAAGAAGAACCUUUGCGCGAAGUUGAAGGCCAUGGUGAAAUCCUUGGACGCUGCUCAGAGGUAUGCUGGUGAGCAUCGCAAGAUCUUCCCGACCGAUCCGAGCCACUUGCCUCAGAGCGCCCUUGCCCACGCCUACGACGUUGACGACCCCGCCGUGGUCCCCCCGAACCUCGACUUCAUGAAACUCGAGCAGGAGUGCGGGGUACAGGGAUGCAGGGGCAACCACAAGACGAUGAAGAGCACGCCCGCUGCACCAACCACGCCUGCAUCGACCACGCUUGCGCUUGCUGGCUCACCGAGUGGGAGCAUGAUGAACCCGAUGCAAAUGUUUGCGCACUUCGCGCAGCAGAUGGGCCAAAUGAUGGCGCAGCAGUCCGCCAGACAGGAAGGCGAGGUCCCCAUCGACAUCCUGAGGCCCUCGCCCUCCCAGAGGAACGGGGGGUGCCGCUCUAGGUCCAGGAGCCACGACACCCUCAGCGCAGCCGCGAUUCCUUUGCGCGGAGCGAGCGACUCACAAGACUUGGCAGGUGUGCCGAGUGAGUCUCCCGUCGAGGAGAGCGCCGUGGUUACCGCGCCUUCGGCUGCUGCUGCGACCUCGACUCCGUCUCCAGUGGCAGCUCUAGUUCCGUCUCCGCUGGCACCUAUAGCGCCUGCUGAGCAACCAGAACUUGCACUCGCAGCCGCACCAGUUGACCUAGCGGGUGGAGCCUCUGACGACGAGGCUGGGGAGCUCGAGCGCAGGAUGCUCGCGGCGGCGGAGUCCGCUGGCAGCCACCUCAACAUCAAGUCCAAAGGCAAGAGCGCAGGGAAGGGCAGAGGGAGAGGCAAAGGUACUGCCGCAGACUCUGGCAAGGGAGCGCCCAAGAGCAAGGGGUCGGUCAUUGGCAAGGGUAAACCCAAAGCCAAAGCCAAGGCUGCGGCCAAGGCUGCGGCCAAGGACAAGCCCAAGGCUGCGGCGAAGGCCAACAAGGACAAGACCAACAGCGUGCCUCCGUGCGGCAUAAUCACAGCGAAGAGCGGGGUCCGCAUCAAUUUCAAGAGCUGGAUCGACCCAGACAACUGCCAGAACUACAGUUGCAAGAACUCUUACUGCUCGAGUGCCUACAAAGGUGCACAGGCGAUUGCGACAUCCAAGGACCUCUCAGAUUCCGACGCCAUUGAUAUUGCCAGGAUGGCGUACAAGGUAGCUGGGCACGUGUGGAACGAGAAGUUCAAGAAAUAG